AUGCCCAACACGUCCCUUGCCAUCGUCGCAGCGGCGUCUGCAGCCGCAGGGGCAUCGGUGACAGCUCUUUUAUUGUCCAGAUCUCGACAACGCGAACCUUUCCCUGCCCCUACGCCCACAUCGACACUAAAGGAACCGCCCUCGUUACCUGCUGCUCCCGUUCCGGUCCCGGUUCCUGUACCGGUCGCUGUAUCAGCUACUCCUGCUCCUACCACUACACUCCUCCCGCCUGUCGACCCGUCUGGAAUUCUGCGGUAUGGGUUCCCUGGACCUAUUGCGGACACUUUGUCCACGCCGUCUUUCCUUGCCGCUUUCAACCGAGCGACUCGAAAUCCUCACUGGGUAGCGGAACACUUCACGGCCCAGUCACUGCUCUUGAACAAUGCCUCUCGGCGAAAUAGCGUCUUUCACGAAGACUUGACGGUACCUCCGAUGUUCCGAGCCAAACUGGCGGAUUACGCACGAAGCGGAUAUGAUCGUGGACACCAAAUGCCGGCGGCAGAUGCAAAAUGGUCACAAGAGGCGAUGGAUUCUACCUUUGUCUUGAGCAACAUGUGUCCUCAGGUUGGGGAAGGCUUCAACCGAGAUUACUGGGCACAUUUCGAGGACUUUUGUCGAGAGUUGGUCAAGAAGUAUCCCAGCGUCAGGGUGGUAACCGGACCUCUGUAUCUGCCCAAAAGGGACGACAAAGAUGGUAAAUGGCGGGUGUCUUACGAGGUCAUCGGAAAUCCGCCAAACGUGGCGGUGCCGACCCAUUUCUUCAAAAUCAUCUUCGCCGAGGAGGCCGCCGAAAGCCCUAUCGGCAAGGUCGCACUGGGUGCUUUCGUCUUACCGAACGCAGAGAUCCCCAAUCAAAAGAGCCUGGGCGACUUUGAAGUCCCGAUCGAAGCUGUGGAGCGGGCGAGUGGACUGCUGUUCGGCGAAAAGCUACCGGCGGAAAGGAGAAAACAGCUUUGCAGGGAGGUCAAGUGUGAAAUCGUCGUGAGAGAAUUCGACAGAAGUCGUCAGCAGUCUGGCAGGGUUGGUCAAAACUCGAAGGUUGCUCCGCAGAUUGCGCCUGCCGGAGUGAAGUGGUGA